AUGUCCCUCCUCCAGUUCCCCCCUCCUCCUUCCUGUCUCGACUACUCUGUGCUCGGCCCAAUUUUAUUCUCAUUAUAUAUGCUUCCACUAGGAAACAUUAUCAGGACACACUCGGUAAAUUUCCACUGCUAUGCGGAUGACACCCAGUUAUAUUUGUCAAUAAAACCUGAACAAAGUAAUCAAUUAACUAAACUUCGAACAUGUCUCAAGGACAUAAAAACCUGGAUGACCCGCAAUUUUCUCUUAUUAAACUCAGACAAAACAGAGGUUAUAAUACUUGGCCCCAAACACCUUAGAGAUGCAUUAUCUAAUGAUAUAGCUGCGCUAGACGACAUUGCCCUUGCUUCCAAUGAAACAGUCAGGAACUUGGGAGUGAUCUUCGAUCCUGAUUUAUCCUUUAAUAGUCACUUAAAACAAAUUUCUAGGACCGCUUUUUUCCACUUGCGUAAUAUUUCAAAAAUUAGACAUGUCCUUUCACAAAAAGAUGCAGAAAAACUAGUCCACGCCUUUGUUACAUCGAGACUGGACUAUUGUAAUUCAUUAUUAUCAGGCUCCAGCAGGAAGUCGUUAAAGACUCUACAGCUUGUCCAAAAUGCUGCAGCACGUGUCCUGACGAGAACAAAGAGAAGAGAGCACAUUUCUCCAAUAUUAGCAUCGCUACACUGGCUUCCAGUUAAAUCUAGAAUAGAAUUUAAAAUUCUCCUCCUCACCUUCAAGGCCCUUAAUAAUAUAGCGCCUUUAUACCUUAAAGAGCUGUUAAUACCUUAUAAACCCACUAGAGCACUCCGCUCCCAGAAUUCAAGCCUACUUGUCGUCCCUAAAUUCUCUAAAAGUAGAGUAGGAGCCAGAGCUUUUAGCCAUCAAGCCCCUCGGCUGUGGAAUAAUCUACCACUUUCAGUUCGGGAGGCAGUCACCAUCUGUUCGUUUAAAAGUAGGCUCAAAACCUUUCUUUUUGAUAAAGCUUAUAGUUAGAGCUAAUUAGUGCGCCAGAACGUUACUUGUUCUAUUUUAUGACACAUGACACACGGAGCUUCUCUUUCCAGCUUCUCCUUCCUCUUCUCCAUCCCUAUCCCCCUUCCCCGGAAUCCCUUUGCUUUAUCACCCGCAGAUCCAGGGCCUCUGUGGCCGCACCAUGGAUUACGGUUUGUGGAUCGCGCACCGGGGGUCGCGGUGUUGGAUCCAGUGUGGCGGAUUCUGAGUCAUGUGGGCUGAUCGUGGUGCUGGUGGCGGACCCUGUGUCGCGUUGGCAUUGGGCACGGGCGGUGGACCAGGACCGCAGUGGUGGCUUGUGAUGGGUCCUCCUGGUGGGCGGCGGUGGACGGUGACUGAGGACUGAAGUGGCGUCUGGUCUGGAUGGUGGAUCGUGGUCUAGAUGGUUGCUGAGCAUGGACUGUGCUUCAUCAAUGCUGCUAGAGACUUUGAUUAUUGCUGAUGUUCUCCUGCACGUGGCAUCUAUUGCACUUCUGUCCGUCCUGGGAGAGGGAUCCCUCACAUGUGGCUCUCUCUGAGGUUUCUACAUAUUUUUACCCUGUUAAAAGGGUUUUUUGUAGUUUUUCCUUACUCUUGCUGAGGGUUAAGGACAGAGGAUGUCACACCCUGUUAAAGCCCUAUGAGAUGAAUUGUAAUUUGUGAAUAUGGGCUAUACAAAUAAAAUUUGAUUGAUUGAU